AUCUUUUCUGUGAAAUUUAAUCCGUUGCCGGUGCAAAAUAAUCGUUCUGAGGACAGUAUCAAUUUACAUAAUAAUUACACUGUGCACAAUCCAGUCGGUAAAAGUGAUUCAUUGUAAAUGAACGCAAAGUUUCUUUGAUGAUCAAAUGUUGAUUCGUUCACGAUCUUACAUAUCGCGUUGCUUUUAUGUUUUGAAACGACAUGUGGUUAUGAUGUUAUUUACCUAUGCGUGUACCUACGAGCUAUCUAAUUGCUAAGUUUUUGUUAUGCGAUUGAGAAACGUGAUACGGUUGGAAGGGUGCAUUGUAUUUGUAGGAAGGGUGUACAUUCGCUCUCUGUCGUUUCCGUAUUAUCUAUAACCAGAAAUUAUUAAUGACACUGAAUUUCGGGAUAAAUUUGUACAAUUAAAAGUUGUUUGUUUCUUUACAUGUUACUUGUUUCAAGUGUUUGAAAUAUCAUCACUUGAAAAGUUACUCCGGUCUAGCUAGAUUGAUCUCAAAAACGUAAACUUGGGCGUUGUUGGGAUCGAUCAUCGCGCCCUCAAGGAAAUUUCGCGGGGAAAACGUAUUGUUCCUGUUUAGCUGCGAUAUCUUGAAAAUAUAAUUCUAUCGCAAAAAAUAUUGUAUCUUGGAUGAGAGCAUUGAUGUUGAUUCAACUCGUAUGUGAUGAUUAUAGUCGUUGGAACGAUUAAACGAUUUUUGUGGAAAUGAUGUAAACAAUUUAUCUCUGUUACGUUGGAAAUACAUAUAAAUAUAGCUUCUUCGAUAUAUGUUGGCUGUUAACGUUAGGUGGUUAACCUAUAAACGGUGUUAAUUAAUUGUAUUAUCACUAUUUUUGCUGUAGUGCGAACGUCAUUAAUAAUUUAUAGUAUUAACGCGCACAACGUACGAUUGGCGAGCAAAGCAGGUUUUCUUGGUUACGUUUAGAAAAUUGAAAGUUUAAGAUCUUUGAAAUUUUUGGGCUACACAUUUAAUCUCUCAAAAUUAAAGGCGAGUAGUGGAAAAUAUAUACUCUAGUAGUUCGUCCAAAAAAAGCCUACAUUGCACGUGAAUGUACAUACACUUAGGUUGGCUGUGAGUAAAUGUAACUCGAGUAUACAGUGGGUGAUUCCCGUGGGAAAUUCGCUUGAAAUGAAAUAUUCGGUUGCCUACUUCCGGUGACUGAAAAAGACAAGUAGCACGUGUGCUUCGAAUAAAAUAUUCAAGUACUGGUUAUAUCCUUGGCUGUGAGAGGUCAGCGUUAAAUUUGGAUUUAAACUUUAAAAAGUGUUCUUAUUAUUCGUCGUUAUUAGUUUCUUAUAUGUAUACAUAUUCGAAGUCAACAAUCGUUACCUAUUACGGAAUAAAUAAUUGUUAUGUGUUAAGAAGCGAUAGUCAAUUUUACGAUAAUCGUUAUUCAAAGUACGAUAUUUAACUCGAAUUAACAAUCGAUAUUUUACACUGUUACAAGUUCGAUUAUAUUUACAUCGACAAUCUUUUAUUACUUUCGAUGAUUCGAGCGGUAAGUCUGAAUUGAUUUAUCGCUCAUUUGAAUCGAUCGAUCGGGACGGAUCGAUAGUGGACGGUACUAUCGGAGAGUAAAGCGAUAUCGAGUGUACCGAGGGUGGUAUCCUUUUAAAAAUCAUCGAGGUUCGGUUGAAAGCGCCGAAAAGAGUUUAUUGCUGAUACAACGGAAAUCUAUAAUCGAUAUCGACGAUGUUUAAAUGCUGUGUGUGCAACAAGAGCACAAAGAAGGAGAAGUCGAACGGCGAGGUGACGAAGUUGACGCCAAAGCAAAGUCAGAAAGUGACGAACUCGCAGAUAGUUGAUGUCGAUUCAACGAGAACAGAGGAAAACGGUUUGCCUAACCGGGAAGAGAAGUUGAACGGUGACUUGCAGAGAUUCGAGAAAGUUUCUCCAUCGAUGGAAAACAAUUCCGUAGAAGUGGUUGACGAUUUGACUGUCAAGAGCCCGCUGCCCUCCGGCAAGCGAGACGAUGUAAACGAUAGUUCUCGAUCAAGAAACGAAUCGAUAGUAAAAUCGAACGUUAACGAGGAUGACGAUGGUAUCGAGAAUAAGGUUGAUCGAAUGAAGGAGGGAAGAGGAGAAGUAAAUGGAAUUAAGGAUUUAAAUGAAAAUGGAGAGGUGUGUGAAGGCGAUAAUAUAUGUGAAAAGGAUGAAGGGGAUAGCGGGGGUGGAUUGAUGAAAGUGAUACUGAAUUCUGGGAUUCCCAGCAUCGUUAAAACGAAUCUUUACGACUGUUCUGCGUACAUCGAGAGAACGAUCGAUGACGGACCAGAGGAAGAAGGUGACGAUUCUGUUUUUGAAGCUUGUCCAAACGAUAGCAGUUCGAAUAAAAAAAUACCGACAGUUUCGUCUGUUCCUCGCUGGCUAUCGGAGGAGGAAGAUGGCGAACACGAUUCGGAAGAAUGCAGUGGAAUGCAGGAACCACCGGCGACGCCGGUUGCCCGCGAUGAACUAGCUUUAAGACGUCAUAGAUUCUUCUCCGAUUUAUUACAUGCCGCACAAAAUGCGUCGGAGCACAGAGUGAGGUUUGACCCUCUAGGACCGAUGGUACACACCGGUUGCGAAGCUAGUGACAAAGAGGACCACUUGGAAGAAUUGGUAAAUAGAUUGGAGACUGUCACUAGAAGAUUGGAAAACGUUAGAACUCAGUCAGUGGCUGAAACUCAAGACUCUGCAGUUCAGACAAGCACACCGUCUCCAAAGAGAUCUCAGUUAGCGAAAAACAGUGAAUCAGUACAGUCUGCUUCGCCUGUUCAUUCAAAGAAUCAAGUUACCAGCAUGUCUGUCGCAGGCUAUGAAGAUCUUUUGGCUGGUCCUGUAAGAGAGUAUUUACAACUGAGUGCAAAAAUUGGUGGAGAUGUAGCUACUCAUAGUAAACUUGUAGAAAAAGCAUUUCAAAUUCAACUUGAAUUUAUUCGGACUGCAGCAAGUCGUCCAGCUCCAACAAAUCAAACGGAACAAGUUGCUCUUCUUGCACCUACAUCUACACAAAUUCAACAGAUUCAAGAGUUCCGCGAGAAAAAUAGGGGUUCUCAAUUUUUCAAUCAUUUGUCAGCAAUUAGUGAAAGUAUCCCAGCUUUAGGAUGGGUUGCUGUUUCUCCUACACCAGCACCUUAUGUAAAAGAAAUGAACGAUGCUGGACAAUUUUAUACUAAUCGCGUGUUAAAAGAUUGGAAAGAAAAAGAUAAAGUACACGUCGAAUGGUGUAAAGCUUGGGUACAAACGUUAAGUGAUCUUCAGCAGUAUGUACGUCAGCAUCACACAACAGGACUAGUAUGGGCAAAAACUGGCUCUGCACCAGUAGGCAUACCACCACCUCCACCGCCAUGUAUGCCUAUGGGAGAUGUAGCACCAGCCAAUAUUGCUGACGAUAGAAGUGCUCUUUUUGCCGAAAUCAACCAAGGGGAAGCUAUUACAAAGAAUUUGAAGAAAGUAACAUCUGAUAUGCAGACACAUAAAAAUCCUUCUUUGAGGACUGGUCCAGCACCAUUUAAAGCGCCAGUAGUUGCUAAUUCUGUACCAACAAAAAUGGUACCACCUGCCAAUGCUCCAAUUGACAAACCACCUGUAUUUACCAGGGAUGGAAAGAAGUGGCUCGUGGAAUACCAUAAAGGUAACAAAGAUCUGGUCAUUGAUAACGUGGAGAUGAACAACGUGAUCUACAUGUUCCGAUGUCAAGACAGUACUUUAGUUAUUAAAGGCAAAGUUAAUUCCGUUGUUAUGGAUUCAUGUCGCAAAUCGUCCGUCGUUUUUGACUCUGUUGUAUCGAGCAUCGAAUUUGUCAACUGCCAGAGCGUACAAAUGCAGGUACUUGGAAAAGUCCCUACUAUAUCCAUCGAUAAAACAGACGGAUGUCAGAUGUACUUGAGCCCGGAAUCGUUGGAUGUGGAGUUCAUCAGCAGCAAGUCUAGCGAGAUGAAUGUCAUGGUACCUCGAGGAAAUGGAGAUUAUGCGGAGUAUCCCAUACCAGAGCAAUUCAAAACCACCAUCAGUCCAAAGGGUCUCAGCACGAUCGCAGUUGAUUCACUGGGCUAAAGGAGUCGACGAUUUAAUUAACUCUAUAGCAUAAACUAAACGUCUGUCUAAAGAGUACAGCUCAUUAGGGUAUCGUCUUGAGAGGAUUCACCGAUUAAUUAUUUAUUGCUUCUUUGAUUAAUUUAAGAAGUAGGAGAGACACGAAGAGCUAGAAAAUGGAGAUGCGAGUAAAAUUUUUGAAAUCGUAGAAUUGAACUAGAUAAUUCGAUUGAGUGUUUUUAACAAUGCAGUCCUAUCCGUUUCGAAGCUGUUAAUUGCAUUUCGUGAAGAUCAUAGGUUCUGUUUAACCAAAAAUUUAGAUUCAAGUUAAAACCACGCUCGGUUGAUUGAGUCUUGUCAAAUUUGUACGCGCAGAUAUUCGAUUAGACCGAAUACUUUGUAAUAUAGCGUUGAGUAAAGAAAUUUCUAAUAAUUUGUUUGGUAGGAGAUGGCGAUGUUAUACAGAAUCGAUGAUCUUCAUGAAUUGUUAUCGUGCACGUUGGUGCUGAAUUAAGGAGACUGUACGUCGGAUUAAAACAGUACGGUACGGACAAAAGUUUCUCUAAUCCGUGAAUCGGACUUUUAUACAUUUACACCACUUUUUUAUCGUGAUUAAACUUUUGUCCAGACCGAAUCCUUCGAGAUUUCAGUCGACUCGAUAAAAGGAAUUGCCACUCAGUGUUUCCAGUGGAAAAAGAGCAUCAUGCGAUUUACUACGGCUACAAAGUAUUUACCCAGUGUUAGUCUUUUUUAAUAUUUAGAGUAUCGAUUAAUCUAUGUUACUAAAAUUUAUGCUAGAGUUUCUUUGAAAAUUUAAUACCGUUCACUUUCGUGAUAUUAUAAUGGUUAAUUUCACAGUCUCUCUAAUUAGUUUAAGAAGCUGCUCUUGCUCUGUAUAAAGCAGCAUGCGAAGUAGUGUUUGUCUUUUUAUAAGUUUACACGUAGACGUAAGGAAUUUGAAAAAUUAAUACAUUGACUGCCUUCUAAAUAUUCUUCGAAUCAAUAGUUUUAUCUUGACUGAAUCUAAUCUUUUAUCUUCAAUGAUAUUUAAUGUCUACUAACACGUGUUCAAGUAUUAAACAAAAUGAUGUAUAAUUGUGCAAGAUUUUCUUGUGAAAAUUUAUACGUCAUCAUGUUAUGCAUAACAUGGCAGUCAAAGCAUUAACGAAAAAGGUGUGUGUGGGUAAAUACUUUUCAGCGGUAGUAUGUACUCAAGAAAACGAAAUUAGGAAGCAUUCAUGAGUAAUUUAUAAAGUAUUAGGGGCGUCAUAUCAAUAGUUUGAUAUAUUACCUUCUAGACUUUUGCAGUAAAACGUUACAUUUCUUUUUAAUGGUUCUUUACUGAUUUCAUCAUCGACGAAGAAACGAAUUGUUUUACCUUUCAAGUUCAAUCAUUUGUUUAAUGAGUCUUCCGAAUCAAUAAACGUUCACGUCAUGUAAAUAGAGCGAAAUUUAUGUGAAAACUUUUCAUACGUUCAUAGUGCGAUGCGCGUGAAUGCAAAAUAAUCAAAAUGAUCGUGCAAAAGUCUUGACGGUGUUGCUCGUUUCGAGAGAAAAACAGCUUGAAUAAAUAAGAAGCAUGGUAAACGUGAUUUAAUUAAACUUUUAAAAGCGUGCUGUUUGAACGUGACGUAAAUUUACAUUGUGAUUUUUACCGUUCGGUACAUUGUGCUAAUCGUAGGUAUAAUCUAAUAUUAGAAUUACACGUAAAGGCACGAUCUAGAAUGAUACAGAUCAUUUAGACUAAUUAAUGAAUUCAGCAGUUUGAUCCUUUUUACGAGAGAGAGGGAGAGAGAGAAAGAAAGACGAAGAUAUCUUGAACAACAUGAUUUUUUCUAUCGUUUAUAAUGGUACUAAUGAGCUUUGAUUACAGAGUGGUGAUUGAUUUGUGACUGAAAUUAUCGUUUAAUCAUUAAGGAUCGUACUGCCGUUAACGGAGUAGUAUCUAACAUUCUUCGUUUUAAUCAUCGAUAGAGUAUUAUUAUCGAGAGUAAUUAAUAUUUAUUUCUGAAUAUGAUUUUCAGUGCUAUUUCUAAUUGUCCUAAUAAAACAAAUUAAUAUACCAUUUA